UACGAUCUCUGGGAUACGUUUUCAUUGCAUGUCGUUGGUUGCAGUGCCGUGCGUUAUGGGUGCUUGUUUUGAGUAAAAAAUUUAACACAGACUUAGGAAAUGUAAGAAACAGGUUUUGUGUUGAAAAUUUAGGACAGAUUGAAAUUAUUGACAUGGUGAAAGAAAAGCCAAAUUCUAUUAGAACAUAUGACAAGGACGGUUUCAGACGGCGGGCAGCAUGUUUGUGCUUCAAAGACCAUAAAGAAGAAGAGCUACUUCUUGUGACCAGCAGCAAAGACCGAGAAAAGUGGGUGGUGCCGGGGGGCGGGAUGGAACCCACAGAAGAGUCUCACACCACUGCAGAGCGAGAGGCAUUGGAGGAGGCGGGGGUCCGAGGAACACUCGGCAGAUAUCUGGGCAUGUUUGAGAACAAAGAAAAAAAGCACCGGACCUGGUUGUAUGUGUUUCUUGUGAAUGAGUUGCUGGAUGACUGGGAGGAUAAAAAGGCAAUGGGGCGGACUCGGGAGUGGUUUACGAUUGAGGAAGCUACCCUGCGGUUGUCUCACAAGCCUGUACAAGUCAGCUACCUAGAAAUCCUGAAGAAGGAACGAGACUCGGUCUCAUGACAGUCACGUGACCACUCUCUACAGAAGAGUAUCAAUUGUCUGCAUUGUUGUAUGCAUUGUGAUAGUGAGAUAUUGUUUGACUGAUAAAGAGGUAUUUGUUGAAUGUUGAUGCAAGUGUUUUCAAUGGUAGUUGUGAUUGAUUGAUUUAUAGGUAAACAAUGAACUGCAGUCAUUAAUGACGCAGAUCAAGAAAUCCAGAGGGUUCCCAUUAAAUGAGGAUUUUUUUAACAGAAUGUAAGAUGCAAUCAUUGUAGUGUAUUUUGGAAGAAAAUGUUGAAAGUGUAAAUUAAUAGUAUUUGGAGUCUGGAAGUCGAGAACAUUUUUUUGUCUGGUGAAUGAUGUAAUGCUGCAUUAAUUGAUUUUCACCUCUCAUUUUUUCCAACAAAAUUGAAGAAUAAAAAACCUGAGAGAAUCGGUAGCUGUUGAUUGAGAAUGAUGUCAAUUGUUAGACUGUGUUUGGAUAUGCAAUGAGAGCAACUGAUAAUUUGAGAAAUGCUGAUCAUUGCAUUUCCAGGAAAUGUAAUAGAGUUGUUCCUAUAGGUGUUUGAGUGAUGAGGUUAUAAGGAGAGGGACGAUUAUUCAAUUGAUGAAAUUACUUCUUUUAGAAAAAGUAGUCUUCACAAGUUUUGUGUAGAGUUUGGCUGUAAACUAUUUGGAGUGUGAGUGAAGAAUUGCUGGCCUGUGAUAAUACAUAUGUUCCCUAGGGAGUAGGAGUGAUGUAGUAGUAGGCAAAAAUAUUGUCCAGGGCCAGAGAGAAAAAAAUUACCAGUCCCAAUUAUAUUAAGAGAAUAUGACAGAUCUGAUAUGAAAAAAUUUCUGUGAUGUUUUGGGAAUUGGAUCUAAAGAUCUGGAUUUCAAUAUGUUUUCAUUUCCGAUCAGUAUCCAUUUCAACCAUUUGGGAUUAUAUUGCACAUAAGAUACAGUUGUCCAUUACUCUCAUUAUGAAAACAAUUUUGAUUCAGUGGCUUUUUACACUAAUCAAACCCCAAAAGAUUUGCAUUAAACACAACACAAUGUUUUUCAUUCUGUGAGAAAAUGAUGGAAAAUGCCAUCAUAUGGUAUUUGCUUUCAGAAUGUUCUCUAAAACCCCCUUCUGUAUUCUAUGUAUAGACAUUUUUGAGGAUAAAGAAUCAAAACAUGUGGUUUUCGUUUUACUGUUAUGAUUUAGUUGUAAACCCCUUUUUUUAUUUUUGAAUUGAGCCCUGUCUUUAGUGAUUUGUACUGUAGUGCAUUAAAUGACCCUCAGUUAUACAAUAUAUAUGUAUGCAUUCCACUGUUCCUGGAAACAGACAGCUUCACCGUUUAUAGACGUGUCCUGAUUUUUGUUGUCUCAGAAUUCCAUCAUAGAAUCUGUCCAAGUGUUAGCUGAUGUGUUUAGUUGUGUGCAAGGCUGUCAACCUCUGUUGAUUAUAAUUUUCUUUGCAAUGUACAAUCAUAUUAGACAAUUUUUCACUUCUAUUCUGGAAAGAAUUCCUGUUUAAAAGCUUUAGUACGCUACACUGUUGGGAACACAUUUUAUUGCAUCAAAGUACUCAUCAGUCCACGUUUCAUUUAAUGCUGACAUGGGUUGUAGUAAUUUAUCAACAUGGCUACAAUGUCUGCUCAGCCCUUUUUCUGUCAACAAUUGAAUAAAGGUUAUCUAAAAUUGUAAAA